ACACAAGGCAACCAAUUAACCUCUUAUUUUGACACAAUCAAUUUCAUUCUCCUUGUGUUAGCUAAGGCAUCAUCAUCAUCAUCAUAAUGGGCGUUGUUACUUUCCAAGACGAGGCCACCUCAGUUGUGCCACCAGCCAAGCUUUACAAAGCUUUGGUUAAAGAUGCUGAUACUCUCAUCCCAAAGGCUGUUGAAGCCAUCAAGAGUGUUGAAACCGUUGAAGGAAAUGGUGGCCCCGGAACCAUCAAGAAGCUCACUUUCGUUGAGGACGGGCAAACGAAGUACGUGCUGCACAAAAUUGAAGCAAUUGAUGAAGCAAAUUUGGGAUACAACUACAGCAUCAUUGGAGGUGUGGGGUUGCCAGAAACAGUGGAGAAGAUCUCAUUCGAGGCCAAGUUGGUUGCAGGCUCCAAUGGAGGAUCAAUUGCAAAAAUCACUGUAAAGUACCAAACCAAAGGCGAUACCAAACCCAGUGAAGAGGAGCUCAAGAGUGGCAAAGCCAAGGGUGAUGCUCUUUUCAAGGCCCUUGAGGGUUAUGUUUUGGCCAAUCCUGGUUACAACUAAAUAAAUCAAUCCUAUAACUAAGUGCUUGCUUAUACAUGGUGUUCUUGCUUUUUAUCCAGUGUGUGCUUCAUUUGGCUCCCAAUGUAAUUCUCUCUCUUUUUUUCCCCUUUGGCGUGGAAUUGUGAGAUUCAAUGUCAUGUGUAUCUCACUUCAAUAAAUUUCAAUGACAGAAAAUAUACUUCCCGUU